AUGUUUAUAAAAAAAAUUAGUAUAUACAAAAAUUCUAUAUUUACAAUGCUGGCAAGUGGUACAGUAGGAUGGAGUUUGAAUAAAUUAUAUAGAAAAAAUGAGUUAAAUAUGUAUGGUAUAAGAAAUGAUAAUAAUAUAAUAAUAGUUAGACAAGUAAAUAUUUAUGAUAAUAAGGACAAUGAUAAUAAAUUAAAUAUUCAAAAUGAAAGUGAGUUACUAAAUUUUGUAGAAAAUUUCAAUAAUAUCAACAAAAAAUACAAAGGAUUUUGUGAAACUAGCAUUUUUAAAAAUUCUUCCUUUUCUAAUAUUAAGAAUGAAAAUAAUGAUAAAAGUUUUAAUACAUAUUUAAUUAUAGAUAAAUGGAAAACAAAAAAUGAUUUUGAAAAUUCUAAAGAAGAAUUUAAAAAAUUAUUUCUACAAAAAAAUGAUCAAUACAAUGAAAAAAUGAAAGAUAUUUAUUUCAAAUUUGAAGUUUACAAUAAUAAGUAUGAAGCAGCAUCAGCAAAAAAUUUACUUCAAAAAAUAUUUUAUUUUAUUUUUGAGUAG